AAACAAACAACAUUAGAAGGGUGUAGCAAUCUCGAAAAAGAUUCUCUGAUCAAUCCAAAAAAUAUUUGGAAAAGACGAAGCCGAUCGAACACAUAAAAAGUUGAAAGAUCGAUACUGACACUUAAAGAAAUGGAUGAAAAUAAAUUCUAGGUAAAAGACUGACUUGAUUGGAAUAGUAGUGCUCAACAUAAUUGCGAAGAUCUGACUGACCAUUAAAAUUAGAAAAUCAACUGCUAGAAAACCACCGAAGAAAUUAGACACCGAUAUAAGCAUCACACUUGUUCAGUUAUUGUUGUGACCAGCUCCCCACCUCCCUCCAAAGAUAAUAAAACCAAAGAACCCAAAACUAAGCAAAUAUAACUUCAAAUAAAGUAAAGGACACAAUAAAAGAAUGUCGUCACGUUUGAAGGAGAAAGUAACUGCUGCUAUACGAAAAUUUAACAAGAGUCGAAGUCGCAGUGGUAGCGGUGAUAAAACAGCAGAGGCUGGAGGUGGCGGUGGCGCUAAUGUGAAUGGCGCCGGUAGUAAUGUUGGAAGUGCAAAGAAUCCAAAUGUCAAUGCCAUGGCCGUGGGCGUGACGGCUGAAUCACCAGGCAAACGGUUGCGUCGACAAGAUAAUAAAGUUUCGCCAGCCACAAGCCGCAUGGUUAUGUCGGUGAAUGCUCAACAUGCUCCCGAUCACAGUAUUCGCGCACGUCGCUUGAUGAAAGAGUACAAGGAAAUACAAAAGUUGCACAAUAGUAAAAGGGAUCCAGUAUUCACGGUAGAGCUUAUCAAUGAUAACCUAUACGAAUGGUAUGCCCGACUGCAUAUUGUCGAUCCGGACUCAAAGUUAGCGAAAGACAUGGCCGAAAUGAGCAUUCCAUUUAUACUCCUGCAUUUAGUGUUUCCCGAUAACUUCCCAUUCGCACCGCCAUUUAUGCGAGUCGUCGAACCACGCAUCGAGAAGGGCUUCGUAAUGGAAGGUGGAGCUAUUUGCAUGGAACUUCUAACGCCACGUGGUUGGGCCUCGGCGUAUACCGUGGAGGCGGUGUUAAUGCAGUUUGCAGCGAGCUUAGUCAAGGGUCAGGGACGUAUUGUACGAAAAACAAAAAGUGCAAAGGAAUUUAGUAGACGUACAGCGGAGGAAGCGUUCCGUUCAUUGGUAAAAACACACGAAAAAUACGGUUGGGUGACACCAGCGCUUUCCGACGGUUGAAUUUAUCGACGGCAUCUGUACUAUACACUUUAGUAUUAAUAUUCAAAUUAAGCUGUCAAAAGAAACAAAAAAAUUGAAUACAAAGAAAUAUGAGAUUCUGGUCAAAAUUCAUACCGGAAUGCUCCAAUUGAA